AUGAUUAUUUCAAAAACAAUAUGGUUGGAAAACUUCUUACCAAACUCUCUUAUCACCAUUUUCGGUAUUUCAAAAUCAAGUAUGAUAAACUGUAAUGCAUAUAGCCAGUGCCUUGGUUCAGCUGGAUAUGCUGGCUAUGGCCCGGGGAUAGCACCUGCAGCAGCUGGUGCCUAUGGUUACGGACCAGGAUUUUAUGGAGCACCAGUAGCAGCUGAAGUUUUACCCGGCUAUGGUGGUUCUGGUGUUGGCGAUGUUGCUGUAGCUGGUGAAAUGCCAGUCGCUGGUACUACACUCGUUGCUGGUCAAGUGCCAAUUAUUGGCGCUGUGCGCUUCGCUGGCGAAUUACCAGCAGCUGGUACUGUCUCUAUUGCUGGCAGCUGCGGAUGUGGUUGUGGAUCCUCUGCGUAUGUUUAUUAA